AAUAAGAACAGCUGCAGGGAACAACCUGUUUGGGGCAUGUGCGGACACGGAGAGUGUCACGGGAUAAUUAGUCAGUCAUUUUAAAUAGACUCAGUUUCACUUCUUCACUCCGGCUGACUGGCUGCACGUAGGUUCACAGACCACAUGAAAAUGCAGAAUCAGAAGAACCAGACCCCGACAGGAGCUGAGGUCACAGCGACCACUCGGACCCAGAAAACCAUCCUGCCCCAGGUCAGAUACCAUCCAACCAUCCAGACUCAGACUUCUGGAGACAGAGCACGACCCCAAACCUCUAAAACCACUGAAACCAGAACCAGUCGAACACAGAAGACUAGACCUGGAACUGUACAGCCCUCUAAGACUGUGAGUCAGCAGGGGGUCAACACCGCCCAGGUUGAUCCAUUUCCUGCAGUUAAACCAUUUCCCGGUGGAGGACAACACCAAAAACAGAGAACUCAAACACCUGUUAAGAAGCAGAAUCAGAAAGUGGUUCAGGGUGUGGAUACAGAUCCAGAUCCUACUCAAAAACCAGAUCACUUCUCUAACAGAGCCCCUCCCAGAGCAGAGGAGGUUCCUCUGGGUCUUGCGGUCCAGUUGGACAGGUCUGUGAUAGAGAAGGUGGAGGUUCUUACCCGUGGACAGAGUACCAACCAGGACUGGUUCUCUUGGAGGAAGAACCGGAUCACAGCCUCUGUCGCUCAUCGCAUCGCUCACUGCCACUUUGUUAACGGCAAAAACAAAACUCCACCCACCUCCUACCUGGCUGCUGUCACAGGUGAAGGUCGCAGAGUCCAGACCAGAGCCAUGAGCUGGGGGGUCCAGAUGGAGGACAAGGUCGUCCAAAUCUACCAGAGACUGAAGAGUCAGGCGUUAGGUCGGUCGGUCAUGGUUCAGGACUGCGGUCUGUUCAUUGAUGCUCGCCGGUCCUGGUUGGCAGCAAGUCCUGACGGCAUCGUGACGGACAGCCGGACCGGCCGAUGGCUGCUCUGCCUCGAGGUGAAGUGUCCCUACAAACACAGACACAGACGAGUGGAGGAUGCCUGCAGGGAGGACCCUGCUUUCUGUCUGGAGAUACAGGACGGGAACGGACGGGAGCCCGGAGGGUCUCCAGUCUACCGUCUGAAGACAUCCCACAGUUACUUCACACAGAUCCAGUGUCAGCUUGCGGUGACAGGCCUGCAACAGUCAGACCUCGUCGUCUACACCAUGAAGGAGACAGCCAUCGUCCCAGUGACAUUUGACCCCGACCUGUGGGAGGAGACGGUGUCCAAGCUGGAGGUGUUUUACAAGGACGCUGUCCUGCCUCAUCUCAGAGAGAAGACACAGCAGGAGAUGGCAGCAGCCAGGAUGCCAGAGCUGUAGAGAGCAGCUGGAGCUGAGUCUCCUGCUGUUCUCUGCUGACCUCUGUCCAAUCGCUUCACCUGCUGCCAGCUGCUCCAGUGGGUCCAGCUGGAACUGAAGUGUUGUCCAGAAACCUGGACCCUGUCCUCAUCAUGUAAACAGAUGAAGAACCUGGUUCCAGCUGUGGUCAAACACAGUUCAUCUCAUGUAUGUAUGUGUAAUGUAACCGUUUUGAACAUUUGAGCAGUUCCUCUAACGGCCACUAGAGUCUGGCUCCAUCAGUGAGUCAGUCUCCAUAGACUCCCAUGUUAAACUGUCCAACUUUACAGCAGAAAUAAACAUGUUUACAGCCUGGUACAAAAACAGUUUGGGUCUCUAGAGCUAAUUUCAUCCUUCAUGACGACUGUUUAUAUAACUCACCUCUUUACAUUUUAUAAAGUUAUGUAGAAUUGAGGGUGUGGCCUCUUUGAGUGACAGGUGGGUGAGUGUAUGCCCGCCACAAGCAGGCAUUCGCCUCAGCUGCACACACGCCCCUCCGCUUUUUUGGAUUAGCUGAGAGUUAGGGGCGGAGUCAGACACCGCCAACAUCGCGAUAGUAGAAAAGCUAACUGCGCUUCAAAAACCUGUUGGUUAUGUCACAGAGGCUAAUUCCAUCUUUAUUUACAGUCAUAGCUAAAACCAGCCUUUUACAACACGUCUGAGUUAAGAGAUAAAUUCAAAGUUUGAUGGAUCAGUUUCAGGAGAAGAAUAAAAAUGUUUAUGUACGAGGUCUAAAGUCCUGAAGGUCCAAAUCACAGUGAGUCUAAAGUCAAGAGCAAGUUUGAGUUUGAGUCCUUGAGUAUCUUCACAGGAUGUUACAGCAGCUGAGGUGUUUAACAGCUUUAUUUUGAGUCAUACUUGAUCUUUUAAAAAGGGAAAAUUAAAGACUGAUUUAUUGUUUUUUAAUAAUUAUUGUUAAUCUUUAGUUGGUAAAGAUGUUGAGUCAGAGUCGUUGGAGUCCGUCACCUGUGCAACAUGAAGAUAAAUCAAACAGUGAGUGAAGAAGAGGCUGAACACAUGAUCUGAUGGAUUUUUAUUGUGUUUGUCUCUGAAUGUAAAUAUAAUGUUUGACGUCAGGUCCUUUAAAACUGAUAAAACUUCAAACCUC